GAAUGCAGGACUUUUAGUUGUAACAGAGAUAUUUUUAAAUACACUGCAGUAUUGCAACUUUUACUUUACUACUACUACUGUACUUUUUCACCAUUGCAAAUACGGUACAUUUACCCCACUGCAUUUAUUUAACGACUAAUUAAUUUUAUUUUUAGCUGCUUUUUAUGUGCCCCUUUUUUCAUCUUUGUUCUUCAUUGGUUUACUGUUAGAUGUUGAUAUUAAUAUGGAAUAUAAUAUUAAUAAUGAAUAAGAAAGAGAGAUUCAUCAUUUCAGUGAUACAAUCAGGGAAAAGCAGAGAAAAGCCAAAAACAACUUAAAUCAAGCCGAUGAAAAGUCCUUAAAAGUCAAUGAAACCAGAGUCACAAACAGCAGAAAACAAAACCAGAGCAUUCAAAAUCACAACAGGAAACAAUUACACAACAGUUUCCUUAAUAAAAGGAGAUGUAAAGCCUGGAUUGAAGAGACAGACAGAGCUCCGCUGUCGCCUGGCUGCACAGUUUCCCCGCAGCUCUCGCUUGAACACAGCCAACAGUUUUUACGAUACAUCCAUCAUCUCGUAUUUCUUUGACAAAGCAGCGGAGGAGGAAAAAAUAGACCCGAUUGAUUUUGCUUUCCGCGAAGAACAAUAGACGGUGAAGUUGUUGGCUGCGGGAGUCCAUAGUCUAAAGCCCAGAGGGCUUGUGGGAUCUUGAAUGUGGGAUUCCCGCCAAACGCGACAAAGACCCGGCUUAGCCCACACAAUAGCACGCCAACCCGGCUAUAUUUAAGACCAGCGGGCCAGAUGCCGACCACACCAGCCCCUCACACUGCGUUUCUGCAGGCAGCAUCAGUCUUGUGUUUCCGAAGCAUCUGAACGCAGGUCAUACCUAAAUAUAAAAAAACAAUCUGUGCUGUUGGAGUGGAGAGGGACCGGUCAGCGUGAGCCGCCAACACAGCUUACAGAGUGAUGAACACUUAUGAAGAAUACGGCGAAGAGGAGCUCAGUGACUACAUCAUCCAGCUCGGUAUUCAAGACUCUUGCCAAGAUGCUUUUCUGAAAUCUGCAGCAAGUUUAGAAGCAGCGACGGAUGAAAAUUUGAGAGUCCUGGCUGCCAUCGAGCAAGGUGAGGUCUUGAUGCUCAGGGGGAUGCUGAGGCACACCUUCGCCUUCAGGGAGUCGGACAGCCGCGGCUGGCUUCCCAUCCAUCGAGCCGCAUCCCAGCCAGUCCUGGAGGUUCUGCAGACCGUCUUGAGAUUGGCAGCUCAGGGGCUCAGCCUGGAGGAGAGGACGGCCGUGGGAGGAGAGACGCCGCUGACGCUGGCAGUGAAAGCCGGACUGGUGCAGAACGUGAAGAGCCUGCUGGAGUACGGAGCCUCGCCUCACAACACCAACAGCAAAAACGAGUCGCCGCUUCUGCUCGCGGUGAAGGCCGGCUCGUACGAGAUGACGUACACUCUGGUUGCUCACAACGCCUGGGUGGAUCAAGUGUGCGGGAAGAAGUGGACGGCGAUGCACGAGGCGGCCAAGGUUGGCAACGUGGACAUCCUGAUGCUGCUGCUGAGGAACGGCGGCCCUAUAAACCAGAAGGACGUGACGGGGGUGACGCCGCUCGCGGUGGCUGCAGAGCACGGGCACUUCCACAUCGCUGAGAUUCUGCUGAACUGUGGUAGCAGCGUUAACUCUCAGGCCUGUAAUGGUGAAAGUGUCCUGCUUGAUGCGGUCGGAUCAGGAAACACGGCCUGCAUUCAGCUGCUGCUGGACAAUGGAGCCAACCCCAACCUGCCCAGCCACACGGGACACCUGCCCAUCCACAAGGCAGCGUACGCCGGACACUACGAUGCUCUGAAGAUGCUGAUACCCCUGUCCACCAAGAAGGCCAUCAAAGAGGCGGGUCAGAGCCCGGUCCACUCUGCGGCGGAGGGCGGCCAGAUCCGCUGCCUAAAGCUCCUGUUGGCCUGCGGCUACGACGUCAACUACCGCAUGAACACCAGAAACUCCGAAAACUACCGGGACAUGAGGAAGAGCGCCUUGUACUUUGCCGUCUCCAACGGGGACGCGCACUGCACCGAAAUCCUGCUGGCGGCCGGGGCGAAGACUGACCUGGACCCGCUGUGCUGCCUCCUGGUGGCGGUCCGGUCGGGGCGCUACGACAUCGUGAAGCUGCUGCUGGCGGCCAAAGCAGACGUGAACUGUUACUUCACGGUGGUGAACGACACGGUGUUCCCCACGGCGCUGCAGUACUGCCUGAAGGACGAGGUGAUGAUGAGGCUGCUGCUCAACAACGGCUACAAGGUGGAGAGGUGCUUCCAGUGUCACCACGACAGCGCUUUUGAAGCUGCGAAUGAGAGGAAAAUCCCAUUCUGUGAGAUCAUGAGCCUCAACUGCGUCAUGCAUCUGUCCGGGAGCGUGGUCCGGACGCUGCUGGACUACGUCAGCCACGUCCACAUCUGCUCCAAACUCAGACUCCUCCUGGAGAAGCAGUCAGAGUGGCCCGAAAUAUGUGACAUCCUCAACAGUCCUCGCUCUCUAAAGCACCUCUGCAGACUGGACAUCAGGAGGCGUCUGACCCUGAAGAAACUCAACAACCCUGAGGUCAUGAACUCACACGUUUUCCCUCCCAGACUGAAAAGCUACAUACUGUACCAGGAGCUCGACCUCUACAGCCAGGACUCUGAAUGCAUCAUGUGUGACAGCGAGCAGUUCAGCCGUGAAACAAACACUGUGCUGCAUGCGGCUGCUUCGUCCUAUGACUCCAACACUUACACAUUUAUCAGAAGGAUGGAUGCAGCCGACGACCUGGAUGAAGACGAACUUCUGGACUACGAUGUUCAGCUGAGCAUCCAGGAGUCGUGUCAGAGAGAAAAUCUAAAGGGAACAGGGAGGAGUGAAGCUCUGAAGCUCUUGGGGGCCAUCAAACAAGGCGACAUGUUGGCACUGCAGAAGCUCUGUGAUUUCCCAGCAGCCUUCAGUCAGGUGGAUGAACACGGCUGGUAUCUUCUGCAUAGGGCGGCGGUCCAGCCUCUGGUUCUGGUCCUGGAGACGGUGCUGUACGCGUCUUUCAGUCUGACUCUGGAGGAAAAGACUUCAGAGGGGGAGACCUUCCUGACUUUAGCAGUGAGAGCUGGUUUGGUGGAAAACGUCAAGAUGCUGUUGAACCACGGAGCUUCUCCUCACACCACCAACAGCAAGAACGAAUCCCCUCUGCUUUUAGCAGUCAGAGCCGGAUCCUAUCAGAUGGUUUCCAGUCUAAUAGCUGGAGGAGCUCGGGUGGAGCAGGUGUGUUUGAAGAAGUGGACGGCCAUGCACGAGGCCUCCAGGUCCGGCUGCGUUGGCGUCAUGGAGCUCCUGUUGCAGCACGGGGGUCAGGUGUCAGAGGCAGACCAGUACGGAGUGACUCCUCUGGGCAUCGCUGCGGAGUACAGCCACUCUGAAGUCCUGGAGCUCCUUAUCAAACACGGUGCCGACGUAAACGCCCAGGCGCCAAAUGGCGACAGCGUCCUGUACGACGCUGCAGGGUCGGGGAAUCCGGACUGCAUCGACAUCCUGCUGCAGCACGGAGCAAAUCCCAACAUCCACAACCUGAGCUCCCAGCUGCCCAUCCACCACGCCGCGUACGAAGGACACUACCUAGCUUUGAGGAUUUUGAUCCCGAUCACCACUAGACGGGCCCUGCGGCUGUCCGGCCACAGCCCCGUCCACUCAGCCGCUGACGGAGGCCACACUCACUGCCUGGAGCUCCUGCUGCAGAAAGGGUUCGACGUCAACGCGCUGUUAGCCCCUCACAUCUCGGACAACUAUGGAGACAUGAGGAGAAGCCCGCUGUACUUUGCCGUCUCCAACGGGGACGCCACCUGUACUGAGCUUCUGCUGAAGUCGGGAGCCAAACCCGACCUUGACCCGCUGCGCUGCCUCCUGGUGGCGGUCCGGUCGGGGCGCUACGAGAUCGCGAGGCUGCUGCUGGCGGCCAAAGCAGACGUGAACUGUUACUUCACGGUGGUGAACGACACGGUGUUCCCCACCGCGCUGCAGUACUGCCUGAAGGACGAGGUGAUGUUGAGGCUGCUGCUCAACAACGGCUACGAUGCCGACAAGUGUUUCCGUUGUAACCAUGACGACGACUGGGAUGACCUGAGCGAGUCUGAUUACUCACAAGAUCAGGAGGAAAAAGUUGCUUUUUGUGAUUUCAUCAGGGUCUCCUGGCUGGUGAACCUGGCGGGCCGAGUGGUGUCGAUCCUCCUCGAAUACGUCGGUCAGGUUUCCCUCUGCGGCAAACUGACAAAGAUCCUGGAGAACCACAGGGAGUGGCCUCACAUUCACAGGACAACACGUAACCCUCGCUCUCUGUCGCACCUGAGCAGAGUGGUGAUCAGGAAACACCUGAGCUGCAGCGUGCUGAUGUCCGCCCAGCUGCCCAACAGGCUGAAGGACUACCUGCUGUUCAAAGAGAGCGAUCUGUAUGCCAAAAUCAUCUGCAGGGAGGACUGAGGGAACGAGGAUAUCUGUCUUAUAUCUACGGAGUCUUAAAUGCCAGUGAUGAGGUGUGGUUUAUUGUAACGGGGCCUGGAUUUAUCAAACAUCUACAGAAAUACACUUAAGAAUGCUCUAAAGAGUCAACUUAGGAGUAAAAAACGUGGGAGCAAUAAGUCACAUAGAGCCGCCCAAGACGAUUGUGAUUGGUUUAAAGAAAUGCCAAUAAACCAGAGCACGUUUUUCUCCCAUCCCAGAAUGCUAUGUGGACUAGACAGACCUUGCUCCGCAGCGCUGUGGAGGAAGGUCUGGCAAUGCAAGACUACCUACAAUUUAGCUAAAGAUAUGACGGAAGUUUCAGAAAUUCAGGUGUGUUAUGUGGCUAAUGUCUCAAUGUGAGGUAAUGCCUCAAGUUGCUAGCCUGCAGCAGAGAUGAGGACUGGGAUGCAGAGGAUUGGGAAACCCACUUUCUACUUUACUGUCAUGAACGUGUCAUAAACAUUAUAAACAAGUCAAAAACGUUUGUGACAUAGCGCUUCUUUUAGUAAGU